GACAACCUUCCCCCCGCACCUGCCGCAGGGACAAGGCAAGGCGGGGGAAGGGGGCUGGGACUGCGCAUGAAUGGUCACAGCACAGGCCGCCGCCUCCUUCUGCUCGGCGCUUCAGUCAGCCGGUGCCACCCCAUCUGCCUAGCGAGAGCUCGCCUUCCCCAGCGCCGGGCGGUUAAAAAUGGCCAUCAGAAUGACAACUACGUUGUUUUAUAACAUGGUAUCUUUGCUAGCAUUUGGAUUGGUUUUGGCUUCUAGUCACAGCCCUAGGACCCCAGAUAGAGUUUCCGAAGCAGAUAUUCAAAGACUCCUUCAUGGGGUUAUGGAACAAUUGGGCAUUGCCAGACCCCGAGUAGAAUAUCCAGCACACCAGGCUAUGAAUCUAGUGGGUCCACAGAGCAUUGAAGGUGGUGCUCAUGAAGGUCUUCAGCACUUGGGUCCUUAUGGCAAUAUCCCAAAUAUUGUGGCUGAGUUGACAGGAGAUAAUAUACCAAAGGAUUUCAGUGAAGAUCAAGGCUAUCCUGACCCUCCAAAUCCCUGCCCUAUUGGAAACACAGCUGACGAUGGGUGUCUAGAAAACACACCAGACACAGCAGAGUUCAGUAGAGAAUACCAGCUGCACCAACACCUUUUUGAUCCAGAACACGACUAUCCCAGCUUCGGCAAGUGGAAUAAGAAUUUACUCUUUGAGAAGAUAAAGAGUGGACCAAAAAGAAGAAAAAGGAGUGUGAACCCAUAUCUGCAAGGACAGAGACUGGAUAACGUUGUAGCAAAGAAAUCUGUUCCUCAUUUUUCAGAUGAAGACAAGGGCACUGAAUAAGCACAAUAAAAAUGAAUGAUGAAAACUCAUGCCACCCUCCCGUAGAUCAUAAUAUUGCUUACAUAUAAUCAGCUAUUAAAAUCCUUGCAAUGGCAGCAUGUUUAUUAUUUAUAUAAUUGUGGAUGAAAAACAGAUGUAUUUAUAACAUUGUUCUCCUGGAUAAUGAAAAUAUGAUUCUGCUUUCUGUUAAAUUAUGGUAAUAGGACCUUUUAGUUGUUUUUGUUUUCAUCAUGGAGUGAGUUUAAAAAAUAUUAGUCAUUUUAGUAACUAAUGUGAGUUAAAUAGCAUUAACCAGCAGCUUGUAAAACAGAAGAUGAUAUAAAAAAUUGCCCAGUUUAAUUCCAGUGUUUAUUCUUAUAUUUUCCCAUGUUUGACACAUGAAAAUUAUAGUUUUAUUUUUUUUGUUUACAGAUACUGUGAUUUAACAAACUAAAGUAAUGAUAAAUGUUGUUUUACUCAGAUACUUUCAACUUUUGGUCUAUUUUAAUAAAUAUUCAAGCAAUCUA